UACAAGCGAGUCACCUCAACAAGCUUUAUUAACAAACGAAGCUGACACACGGACAUACACAUGUUCCCCGCAGUCCCCGUGGAUUAGAGGCGACGUGGAGCUGCGGGUACCGGAUCCCGCCACAGACCGUACUACUGAGUCGGAGGCGCCAUGACGGCGGUGGAGAUGCAGCUGAGCGCCCUGCUCCUGCGGGAGCACUACGGGGAGAUCGUGGAUCGGGUGGGCUCCUUCCUUAUCCGGACGGGUGCUCAGCCCCUCAGGGUCAUCGUCAGCGAGACCGGGACCUCGAGUGACCAGGUGAAGAAGGCGCUGUGCGUCCUCAUCCAGCACGGCCUGGUGACCUAUCAGAUGCACAAGCGCGGCUUCGUGGAGUACUCCGCCCAGAGCGACCGCUGCCUCCGCAUCCUCCGCUUCCCCCGCUUCAUCUACACCGCCAAGACUCUGUACGGGGACACCGGGGAGCUCAUCGUGGAGGAACUGCUGCUGAACGGCAAGAUGACGCUGACCGCCGCCAUCAGGAAGGUCGCCGACCGGCUGACCGAGACCAUGGAAGAUGGGAAGAGCGUGGAGUACAGCGAGGUUUUGGCAACUUUCAGCCAGCUGGCGGACACGCACUUUGUACAGAGGUGCCCGACCAUCGCCGAGGGCACCGCGGAGGGACGUCCGCCCCCAGCCCCCACACUGGUCACCGAAGAAAAGGAAAUGUACAUAGUCCCCAAAGUCACCCUGAUAGGGAGAGGGAAGCGGCGACGUUCCUCAGACGAUGACGAAGGCGCCACCCGGAGCAAGCGGGCGAAGAAAGACUCUGGUGUAGAGAGCGGCCAGGACGACGGCAUUUAUUGGCAGAUCAACAUGGUUCGCUUCCACCAGCACUUCAGGGACCAGGCGGUCAUCAGCGCCGUGUCCAAUAAGAUGGACCAGACCAGCAGCGAGAUAGUCCGCACCAUGCUGAGAAUGAGCGAGGUCACCACCUCCUCCAACGCCGCAUUCACGCAGCCGCUCUCCUCCAACGAGAUAUUCCGGGCUUUACCCGCCGGAUACAACAUAGCCAAGCAGGUGUUAGACCAGUACCUGACGCUGCUGGCGGACGACCCGCUGGAGUUCGUAGGCCGGUCGGGGGACAGUGGCGGCGGUAUGUUCGUCAUCAAUCUUCAUAAAGCCAUCGCCUCUCUUGCCAUCGCCAACCUGGAAUCCAUAGUCCAAGAGAGGUUCGGCUCUCGCUGUGCCCGCAUCUACCGCCUCCUGCUCCGUAAGAGGCAUUUGGAGCAGAAGCAGGUGGAGGAUUUUGCGAUGAUCCCAGCGAAGGAAGCGAAAGAAAUGUUAUACAAGAUGUUAUCGGUCAACCUGGUCACACUGCAGGAAAUUCCCAAAACCCCGGAUCACGCCCCAUCUAGAACUUUCUACCUUUACGCAGUAAAUCCCCUCUCAGCGGCCCGGAUGUUACUGCAGAGAUGUUACAAGACUGUGGCAAAUCUGAUCGAGAGGCGACAGUUCGAGACCAAGGAGAACAAGAGGCUGCUGGAGAAAUCCCAGAGGAUCGAGGCCAUCAUCGCCUCCAUGCAGGCCACCGGGGCCGAGGACUCCCAGCUGCAGGAGAUCGAGGAGAUGAUCACCGCUCCGGAACGCCAGCAGCUCGAGAACCUGAAACGGAACGUCAACAAACUGGACGCCAGCGAGAUCCAGGUGGAUGAGACCAUCUUCAUUCUGGAGUCGUAUAUAAAUAGCACGAAGGCCAAGAGCACGUGACACAUGGACCCCCCCCCCCCCCAUAUUCUUGUAUAUAGGUCACAUGACAUGGGCCGGACUGGUGUUGCACAAUUUGAGUUGUGGCGUCACACGCGGGAUGAUUCGUCACUGAUAGAGCCUGUCAAAUAAAUCUUCUCU